GCCAGUGAGUUGCAAAGGUUCAGAAUCGCACGAUGGCUCGUCGACUCGUCACGGUCGCCUUCACCAUCCUCGCGAGCUGCGUGAGUUUCGCAGAGGGCGGAUGUCAUGAGUGCGCGAAGGACGGCGACUGCUCCGAGGCGUUCAAGGGCGCGUCUGGCCACUACUGCGGGCCGUACCAGGACACCGAUUGCUGCUGCCCGCAGGGAGCGCAGUGCUUUGUCUCGCCGUACUUUUGCCAAUGCCUGCACAUCCCGACGUUCAUAGCCCCAACGCCACCGCCCGUAGGCGAGACACCCGAGGCAAAUACCGUCAAGCAGCACGAGGUGCUCGGUAUCGCUUUGGUCGUCAUCCUCGUGUGGUGUAUUCUCAAGCGAUGCCGCAAAAAGCGCGAAAUGCGCCGCCGCGCCGAGUACAUUCACCUCUCCGAGGUCUCUCGCCCACAAUACGAGUAUGCAAGCCAGCCCAACUAUGGGUCCAACCAGAGCCAGCCGCCCUUUUACCAAUACGCACCACCCAACACCGGUCCAAGCCAACCGUAUGCCAUCUACUUGCCGCCAACAUCCCAACAACCGCUGUCGUAUGCCCAGCAAGCGCUGCCGACCGAAGGCUACGGGCAGCAGUCUGCCUAUCCUACCCAGCAGAUCUCGGCCAUACCCAUGGCGAUUCCAGUCGACAGGCAACCGACGACAAGGUCGGAAAACAAGUUCGACUAAAAUUCCGUCAACGAAUUGCCGUAUUGUUGUUGUUGUUAAAAGAUCAACGCUCUAAAAGCCA